GCCUUUGACCGUGUCUGAUUCAUUCUUUCCACGCACGAUCCAAUUGUCGAUGGGCGUACCACCUUCCGUCAUAGUCUCUCCUUCUUCCUUUGGACUCUUUGCGCUGGCAAUUUUGAGCAUUGGGCUUCAAAUCGCGAGCUCACAAGCCAGACGUUGCAGAGCCGAGGAUCACCACCUCCACCUUUGCUUUCAUCGAUCUCGAUCUCGGACGUAGUAUCACGGGCGCACGGUGGCACAUAGCAUCAUCUACUACAAGAUGCCUUUCGAUCUGGAUGCUUGUAUCUCGCAGUUGCUCUCGAAGCAGCUGCUUGGGGAAGCACUAUUGAGGGAGAUUUGCGAGAAAACCAAAGAGCUGCUGAUGAGGGAAAGCAAUGUGGUGCACGUUUCUGCUCCCGUAACCGUCGUUGGGGACAUACACGGUCAAUUUUACGACUUGAUAGAAAUCUUCAGGAUCGGAGGAUACUCUCCCCACACCAACUAUCUUUUUCUGGGGGACUACGUCGACCGAGGCUACUUCAGCGUGGAGACGAUGUCUCUACUGACAUGUCUCAAAUUGAGGUAUCCCGACAGAGUGCAGUUAAUUCGGGGCAAUCACGAAAGUCGGGCUGUGACUCAGACUUACGGCUUCUAUGCGGAAUGUAUGCGCAAGUACGGAAGCGCCAACGUGUGGACCUACUUUACGGACAUGUUCGACUUCCUCACUCUGUCGGUCGUCAUUGACGACCGGAUAUUCUGCGUGCAUGGCGGGUUGUCUCCCAGCGUGCACUACAUAGAUCAGGUCAAGAUCAUCGAUCGAUUUAGAGAAAUUCCACAUGAAGGUCCAAUGGCGGACUUGGUAUGGUCAGAUCCGGAUCCUGCCGCGACGGACUUUGCUAUCAGUCCAAGAGGUGCUGGCUACACGUUUGGCUCAGCAGUAGUCAAGCAUUUCUUGGAGCGAAACAACAUGCAUCACAUUCUGCGAGCUCAUCAGCUCUGUAUGGAGGGGUUCUCCGUGCUCUACGACGACAAGCUGUCGACGGUCUGGUCAGCGCCUAAUUACUGCUACAGGUGCGGGAACAUGGCGAGCAUAUUGGAAGUUGGACCAGAUGGAUCGAAACACUUCAACACGUUUGCCGAAGCGCCUGAGAACGAGACGGAUGGACAGGCUCAGCAGAACCAACAGCAGCGAGAAACUCCUCAGUACUUUUUGUAGCGACCGCUUUGCUCCGAUCGCUCGCUUGACGAGACAUAUAGGGACCGAAGCAAGCAGUUGCUCGUCCACUCCCUCUUACGUCCGCCUCGUUCGCCUCCUGCUCCUCAAUCUUUGCAGCUAGCAAGUCGUCACCGCCUCAAUCUCUGUCCUACCUGUCUCGCAUAGAGCAAGCCAGAGCACCGUCUCUGAAGCUAGUUGCUCACGUCUCUUGCCUCUUGCCUCAGCAUCGCCGAGCUUGAUCGUCGCUGGCGCCUUGUAUAGUAGAAGAUCACAAUUGAUAUCCUCAUCAGCA